ACGUGAAAGUGCGUUGACUUUACAAUGCUUAUGAUCAUACAACUUUGAGAUCCUGACUGGAGGUUUAUGUUGGGACUUUUAAAUCUUCGUAAUGAAAUAGAAUUUAUAAAAGGUUCUGUUUAAUGCGCAUGUGUAGCACUGUUGACAAUUCUGAAAGAGUAGAAUUAUUGAUAUGAUGUUGCAGCGUGUUUCCGUGUUUUCGUCAAAAUAUUAACGAGAUGUCUGGAUAUACUAUGAGUCUGAUACUAUUCUUCAUCGCUAUUUCCAUUGUAAAAGCUCAGGUGAAUGUACGGCUCAGUGGUACCGGAGCCACGGCCAACCAGGGCAGGGUUGAGGUCUUCUAUAACGGUACUUGGGGGACGGUGUGUGAUGACCAGUUCGACUCGGCGGACGCAGGGGUCGUGUGUAGAAUGCUUGGCUUCAAUGAGGGUGGAAUAGCUAUACUGAACGGCACGUUUGGAGCCGGAACAGGCAGGAUAUGGAUGGAUGAUUUGAACUGUGACGGCACGGAACAAUCGCUAGACCAGUGCCAGUUCCUGGGGUGGGGCAACACUAACUGUGGCCACAGUGAGGACGUAGGGGUGCAGUGCCGCACCUCAGGUGUAACGAAUGCACCGACUGGUGUCCCAACGACUAGAGCUCCGGCCACAGUUCAGCCCAACAACUGUACAGCGACUCCCUCUACUGUCCCGCAGGAGUGGGACGUUAGGAUCGUGGGUCCGGACGACCAGCGGGGUCUGGGGUUUGUGGAGGUGUACCUCAACAACCAGUGGAGGGCCGUCUGUGACGACCUCUGGGGGACAGCCGACGCCCAGGUGGUCUGCAGGAAACUCUGUUUCGAUGCAACAGAUGCCCGUGCAGGUUCUCCAAUUGAAAUCAACUACGUCCGUCAAAACGUAAGUUCUGUGUACGGGCUUGAUAAUGUUGAAUGCCGGGGGACAGAGAACUCUCUCAGAGACUGUACCUACAUUUCUGGGGCCAACAUUGACUGCAGUGGCUCCGAUGAGUAUGCCAGCGUUGCAUGUACCAAACUAGACAACGCACCACCCAUUCCUCCAAUUCCAACCCUUGAAUGUGAUAACGGGAACAUUAAGGCUUUAUUCAGCCGUGCGAAUGAUAAAAAUUUAGAAGAAAAGUUUAUAACCAUUUUUGAACCUGUUCCUGGUGCUGUCUGCAAUCUCCAAAAGUCAACAGAUGCCAAUUUUGUGUCAAUCAGUAUUCCAUUUGACGAAUGUGGCACAAAUGUUAACACCAACGACAGCCAUAUCAUCUAUUCCAAUGUGAUUCGUUAUGACUACACAUCCACUGAAGGCAACGUCUACAGAGUAAACACGUACAGAGUGGAAGUCUCGUGUGAGUUUCCGCGAGACUUGGACUCGGACAAGGGCAUGAUUCCUCAAACGGAGAGUGUAACACAGAAAGCCCCCGGAACAUUCAACAUCAGAAUGGACUUCUUCCAAAAUAAUUCCUUUAACAGCCCAGUAUCAGACUUUCCUCUAAAUCUGACUUUAGGAGAGUGGCUCAACGUGGCGCUUACGUUGGAAAACGUGGACUCCAACCUUAAACUGGUUGUUCCUGACUGCUUGGCAACGCCCACUUCACAGGAGACUGAUCCUACUAAUUACCCACUGUUUGCAGAUAAAUGUCAACAUGAUCCGACCCUUGGGUUUUUUCCGCUAAACUCGACCUCCUUUGGAUACCGAUACCAAACAUUCAAAUUUGUGAAUUUCGAUCAGGUCUUCCUUCACUGUAAAGCCUUCGUUUGUCUGGUGUCCGAGAAAAGCGCCGAAUGUGACAGAAGCUGUAACUCGACGACUAACACAACCCCGGCACCAUCAGGGCGCAGGCGCCGAGAGGCCAUUGUAAGGACAUCGUAUACAAAACCGAUAUAUCACAUUCAGAGUCCGCCGUUGAGCUUCAGUAGGAGAAACGGAGACAAUUCAAUAAUCAGGCAAUGGAAUGUCACGACUAGUUCUUUCACAACACCGUUGACAACAAGUAGCUUAAAAUCGACGGUGACAACAGCUCGACCAACAACUAUGACAACCCAGUCAGCAGAGACAAGAAGUCCGACAACAACAACCCGAACAACAAAAUCAGAGACAACUACUAGAGCAACAGAUGUACCAACAUCAAGACAAGCGACAACGGCACCAACUACUCAGAAAUCAACAACAACACAGAGACCGACAACAACAACAACGAAAACAACCGCUCAAAAACCAAAGCCAAAUUAUACAACUGAAGUUAAAAUUGAAAAAGUGACAGUUGUUCCAACAACGCGUGCUAAUGUUCCCCCAACUACAAAAAAGACCCAGUCGAGUGGGAAUAAGAACAAGUUCUCUGAUUACCCUAUCUCUUCCGGUCUGUCUGAAUCGGGGAACAAAUUGUCUAGCUCUAGUGCUCAGAAGAGAAUUGACUUGUUUAAUUUCAUUCUCUGUCAAUUUUCAUUAUUUAAUAUAUUAUAUGUGUUUUAUGAUUGUUAUGUUUGAUGAUGACGGUUUUAUUUGCAUUGAUAUUUUUAGGAAUAGUUUUGUGAUUUGUACAUUAAACUUUCUACAUUCUA